AUGAUCAGUGCGGCCCUCGCUUUCGCAGGCCUCGGCGCAGCGCAGCGGGUGCUCGUGACGGACGGCCUCGCUCCAGCCGCGCUCGACGCGCUCGCCGCGGGCGGAGCCGACGUCACCUCACGCUCACUCACGGAGGAUGAGCUCUGUGCGGGUGCCCUCGCCGCUUACGACGCCGUCAUCGUUAGAUCAGCGACGACCCUCCGCGCCGACGCGCUCUCCGCUGGAGCUGCCGGCCGGCUACGCGUAGUCGGGCGAGCGGGCGUGGGCGUCGACAACAUUGACGUGGCCGGCGCCCACGCCUCGGGAGUGACGGUGGUCAACACGCCCUCCGCGUCGACGGCGUCGGUCGUCGAGAUGACUCUCGCCCUCCUGUUUGCGGCGGCGCGCAACCUGCCGGCAGCCGACCGCGGCCUGCGCAGCGGGGAGUGGCUCAAGCCACCCGCGCGAGGCGAGAUUACCCGAGAUUACCCGAGAUUACCCGAGAUUACCCGAGAUUACCCGCGCGAGGCGAGCGGCUCGGCUCGGAGCCCCUCGCCUCAGCCCUUCUGCUCGCGGCUUGGCUCAGAGCUAGCCGGCAAGAACCUGGGCCUCCUCGGGUUUGGGAGGAUUGCGCGCGGCGUCGCGGCGGCGGCGGCCGCCCUCGGCAUGCGCGUGUUUGCAUACUCGCCGCAUGCGGCGUCCGAGACGGCCGCCGCCCUGCCAGGUGCGACUACUCCCAUUCCAUGUGCCGCGUCGCUGCUUGGCGUGACUCUGCUGCCGUCGGCGGAGGAGCUGUUCUGCACGUGCUCGCAUGUCUCGCUGCACUGCGCGCUCACGCCGCAGACGCGGCUGCUCAUGCUCGAGCGCAUGCCGGCGGUUGGACCGGACGGCGCUGCUUGUGGCAGCCAUUUGAUCAACGUUGCGCGCGGCGGCAUCGCGGACGAGGCUGCCGUCGCCGCGGCCCUCCACGCCGGCACGCUCACCAGCUACGCCUCCGACGACCAGGAGCCGCUGCCCGCCGACCACCCGCUCCUCGGCUGCCCGGGCUUCAUCGGCACGCCGCACAUCGGCGGAGCGACGCGCGAGGCGCAGGACCGCGUCGGGCUGCAGAUCGCGGCGGCGGUGCUGGCCGUGCUGGAUGGGAGAGUGCCUGAGGACGGUGUCGUCGGUGUCGCCUGAGUGCUGAGAGGUCGGUGUCGCUGUCGUUUGAGAGGUGCACGGAUUGCUUGGGAACAAAAUCAACGAAUA